AUGACUACUUUCCAGAGCCCUUACCAGUUCGGCUCCCUCCCGGAACACAAGAAACAGACCUACUCGUCCUCGCUAGACGGCAACGGAAGGGUGUUUUCAGACCCUUCAGCGUCCAGUUCCUCUUCCUCUUCUCAGGAAGACUUGUUGCCUGAUUUGUGGCUGGAACCGGUCAGACUGAACCCACAGACGCUUCAGCACCAGCAAAUGGCUCUGGUGCCGCUUCAAGGGCUGUACAUGUACCAGAAUGGGCCAUGGCAGGAACCGCCUAGAAGCCAGAACCCUCUUCUUGCUCAGGUUACACAGACCAGUAUGAUGAGAGACGCUUCGCUUGAGUAUGCCCAGCUGCUUCUUCCACAUUCGCUUUUGGCGCCUCUUACCGAGGAGAAUCUUGAUUUGAAUGCCCAGCAGAGGUCGCUGAGGCUCCAGUACUCGGCCACCGACGAGCUUCUUAACUUUGAGCAGCAACAGGCCAAGGCUAGUGCUGUGCCAGCGCCUAGAAGCAAGAAACUGAACUCUACGUGUUCGGUAGUUUCUGACCACCACCAACAUCACCACCAUAAACUGAGAAACGCUUCGGUUUCGUCUACAAACUCGGCGCUGCCCAAACAACAAAAGAACAUCAACACCCAGUUGUACAAGACAGAAUUGUGUGUUUCAUAUAUGAAGAUGGGCGUUUGUCCAUAUGGCAACAAGUGCCAGUUUGCUCAUGGUGAGCACGAUUUGAAGACUGUGGAGAGACCUGCCAACUGGAGACUGAAGCCUUGUGCCAAUUGGGCCAAGUUUGGCUCUUGUCGGUACGGUAAACGCUGUUGUUUCAAGCAUGGCGAUUAA